GAAGUGUACUGUAUAAUAUUAGGAAUUGUUGAAAACGAAAGGCAUAGCCAAGAAUAUUUACUAAGGAUCUCGCCAUGUCAGUAAGGACUUACGGAGACAAGCCAGUAUCCUUUCAACUUGAAGAAAAUGGUGAAUAUUAUUGUGUCGGAUCAGAGGUGGGAAAUUACCUGCGACUCUUCAGAGGGUCCUUAUACAAAAAAUAUCCUGGAAUGUUUAGAAGAUCUAUAACAAAUGAAGAAAGAAAACGGCUCAUUGAUCUAGAACUCUCACAGCAUUCUUUGGCAAGCAGUGUUUCUUUGUUAAAAGCAUCAGAGGUUGAAGAUAUCAUAGAGGGAAAUGAUGAAAAAUACAAAGCUGUUUCAGUCCAUACAAAUGACCCACCUGCUCCAAGAGAAAGCAAAAGCAAGAAAAAUCAACAAUGGGUGACAUCUUUACCAAAUUCAAGUCACUUAGAUGCCGUUCCACAAGCUACCCCUAUUAAUAGAAAUCGAGUUGCUGCAAAAAAAGUUCGGUCCUUUCCACUUUGCUUUGAUGAUACAGAUCCACAGCUAAAUAUUGAAAACGCGAUGCAACCUGAAAUCUUGGUUCCUAUCCGUUUAGAUAUGGAAAUUGAGGGACAGAAAUUAAGAGAUACGUUUACUUGGAAUAAAAAUGAAAGUCUCAUCACCCCAGAACAGUUUGCCGAAAUUUUGUGCGACGAUCUUGAUUUGAACCCUUUGACUUUUGUACCAGCAAUUGCCCAAACUAUACGUCAGCAGCUGGAGGCUUUUCCAAAUGAACCUCCCAGCAUUAUAGAGGAAAAUUGUGAUCAAAGGGUUAUUAUUAAGCUAAACAUUCAUGUUGGAAACACCUCUUUAGUUGACCAGGUUGAAUGGGACAUGAGUGAAAAACAAAACAACCCUGAAGAAUUCGCUCUGAAACUUUGCUCGGAGUUGGGGUUAGGUGGAGAGUUUGUGACAGCUAUUGCUUAUUCAAUUCGUGGACAACUGAGUUGGCAUCAACGAACGUAUGCAUUUAGCGAGGCACCUCUGCCCACUGUUGAGGUACCAUUCAGGACCCCUUCUGAGUCCGAUCAAUGGGCACCAUUUUUGGAAACUUUGACAGAUGCCGAGAUGGAAAAGAAGAUUAGAGAUCAGGAUAGAAAUACCAGGAGGAUUAGACGGUUAGCUAACACUACACCUGGGUGGUAAAAAAGCGGUUUGAUUAGAAUUUCCAGGUUUAUACGAACUAGAAGUUUUGUGAGUACGUUGAGGAAAAUCUCCUUGUCAUAUUGAUUUUUUAAGAUUUUCUAAUUUUUUUAUAUAAAUUAAACGUUUAUUAUAAAAAAUCAUUAUUUAACACUUUGACCCCUGCACCCGGUUUCACAAAAAUUAUGUACCCGACUUAAAAUUUUUUCUUCAUAAAUUUGUUUUGAAAAUUAUUUGUCAAGACAAUAAGGAUACAAUAACAGUAUUUUUUUUUCAAAGUAGUGAUUUUAGAAUGCGUGUAUAUUUUUGAUACACGCAGUUCACAGAAGCUGACAUUUACUCAUUCCGGUUAUAUUAACCUGCAUGUAUGAAAACCAAUACACAAUUUUUUUAUAAUAAGUUUAUUCAAAAAGUAGAAAAACUUACAUUGGACUUAAAUUUACAUUUUUUGAAUAAAUUAUGUGUUUUGAAAAAGCAAUUUAAACAUAAACUUUUUUUGUCUGUACAUCCUGAACAUCUAGUAUUACAUUGUUUCGAAUUUUUGGAUGCAUGCGCUCUUCCGUAUCUUUCUGAGUAAUAGUUAUAACAAGCCACGCAUCUUCCUCUCUUUGCUUGUUCUUCCAAUCGAUGAGUUAAUGCUGGCAGGAGAGGAACAUCUUCAUUGUCCUUGCACAAACUCUCAACAAGGCUCUCCCUAAAAGUCGUAAUAUUCAUUUUUUUGUCUAAAGCUUUAUUACACAGUUUUCGUGCAUUGACAACGCUAGUACUUGCUAUGACUUCUAUCCCCACUUUCCGAUACCAUUUUAAAGAACGCCUCAUGGGAUUACUAUAGGAAGAUAUUUGGUCCGAGACAUCAAUGUAGACAGCGUUAUAUUCGGUUAUGAAUAUUCGCUUAUUUUUUAUACCAGUUCUUGUCUGGAUUUCUGUCAUUACUGGAGGCGAUGUAGUUGUCAAAAAAGCAACAUCUCGUUUGUCUACCCAUAUACCAACAACAACUUUCGUGUUGCUCGCUUGACACAGCAUUUAUCCGCGAUUUAAUUUUUGCUCAAAGACACGUUUAGGGUUGUAUUUUCUAUUUUUUCGCACGGUUCUAAUUAUAUAGGGAUUCCAAUAGAUUUUAACAUUUCUUUGUGAUUUGUGUCACUCCAGUUGGCGAGAAUUGAGUUUUUGAGAUAGACUCAUUGACAAUACCAGCAAUAAUCUUUUGAUGGGCGUACCGAUUUGUUUCGGUUACGAGAAGGUCAAGCAAUUCAUUAGAAACUAAUAGCCUAUAAAAAGAAAGCGGGCUGUCGUCAUGACGCGUUUCGACAAUCGGACCUAAUGUACUAUCCUCUUGUGAAUUUGGAAAUUUAUUUAGAUUCUCUUCAUUAACAUCAUUUCAAAUUACGUUUGGUUGUACUUUUGCCGCUUGAACUUGGGGACCAACUAAAUUUAUAUCUUGAUCUUCGUCAUCACUACUGGUAUCCUAAAAAUAGACAUAAUUUUUAUUAUUGAGGGUAUAAUAUAAAAAUACAAAUAUUACCUGUUGUGGCUGGUCUUGGUUUUUCGGUACUUGAGGUUGCUGUUGAUAUUUAAAUUUUUUAUAUUUUUGAUUAUUAUUUUCGGCAGAUUCCUCGCUAUCAUAUUCCAAACUCUCAGCGUCCCAUGGAUCUGCAUCUGAAUCAUCAAAUGGCUUGUCAAUAUCGCUAACAUCGCUUAAACUUUCAGCUAAAUUGGCAAGUUCUAACUCUUUUUAACUAACGUUUUUUUCUGCCGGGCAUAUUUGCGCGCAAAAAACGUCACUAGCAAGACGUACAAACACUCGAUCACCGAACUGUAAACAAACACUGAUCCUAAAAAUAAUAUUUGCCGGUAUUUAGAUUAAACGAGAUUUUUGCCAUGUUGCCAGACUUACAUAACAAUUUUUAACAACCUAGGAAAAAAACUAGUUACCAGAACCUAAAGGUAUUAAAAAGCCCAUACAAAUACGUGGUAACUGUGUUCGGAUGAAAUACACAGCACGUUGAAUACGCCAAAUAUCCGUGUAUCAAAAAAUAUACACACAGGCUAAUUUACAAAUCUUUUUGCGUAUUACUUUUGAUACACAUGGGGGUUAACGUGUUAAUGAUGUAAUAUGCGAAUGGGGAUUAUCGUUGGCAUAAUCGGAAAUUGUUGUAAAUCCAAAACAAUCAUUUUUACAGGAAACGCUAAAAACCUUAGUCUUUAAUUUGGUUAUAUGGUAAGUUUUAGAAGUUUUAGGCGAACAUAAAAAUAAUUUACACCAUGCAAAUGGAAAUUUAUUUUAAAUGCACUUACGUUUUCUUAAUUUAGUUGGUGAUUAAGCAAUUUAAGACCCAAGGAUUUUUAUAUUUUUUUUGGUAUGUUUAGGAAGCUUACCUUAAAUCUCUUAAAUUAAAACGAAAAAAAUGUUGGAUGACCCAUUUAAAAAAAAAAACUAAUAUUUGUGUUGUAUAUGAACCACGAUUUUCCUAUACUUCCAUUUACUUAUGGACACAAAUAUUAAAAGUAUACUAGAGUCUUAUCGCGGACUAAUCCCUUUUAUAUUGAUCUAACAUAUUUUUACUUUAUUCCUAUAUUAAAUUUAAAAAAAAUUAACAAUAAAAAACAUAACACUUUUUUAAAGAUGCGUUGCCGGAUUGUGAAGCUAUUUUAUUGGCUUUCAUCCCUUAUAUAUUAUGUUAUUACAUAAAGGUGUCGGGCCAGUUGGUUUACUUUCUUAGUUUUAUUGUCAUGUCGAUUUUUAUUGUACAAGGACUUUAUAGUAACUUGUGUAAUAAAUUACUUGUGUAUCUUACAUUUCUUUUACUUAAUUGAAAUUAUGUCGACAUAAUGGGAUGCGAUGGGUUGGGUUGAGUGGGGUUUGGUUGGAAUGGGUUGUUUUGAUUUUGGUUGAGUUUGGAUAAACACAUACCAGCGCUUACACUCUUUAUAAACAGAUGUCGGAUGUUAAAAUACAAGCAUUGAACAAUAGGAAAUUCACUUACAACUUGUAAGUAAGCCAAGAAAUUCCAAGUGAAAACCAAAAUUUAUUCCUUCCAUUGAAAUUGUCAAACAGUGGGCUGCCAGAGGCAGUUGUGCACAUAGGUCUCCUGAUGGACCCGUCUUGCCCCACCGGGGGUUACCAGAGCCCAAGGGUCUUAGAAAAACCGAUAAGACUCUCUGGUCUGAAGGACUUAAAGUCGCUCGGUGCACUGAAGGUGGUAUUCAAGUAUUUGAACCUAGCGCGCGUGAGUGCUCGGCACUCCCCGAUCACGUGGUCAACGGUUUCAUCCUCCUCCCAGCACCACCGGCAUUUCGGGUUGUCCGCAAUACCGAUGGUAUGUUGUUAAUAACUGCCGACUUUUACCUAGACUUUUGCCCAGUAUGGCAACACUGCCGUAUAUCCUUAUGUAAAAUUGACAUAUUGGAGAGUUUUCGCAUAGCAAUGUUUUGAAAAUGACGUCAUUUAGUAAGAAGUUUUUUUGAUUUUUUUUGGGCAGAAUAUGGUUCCAAAAAUAGAUAAAAAAUAUAGACCGUUUCCUUUCUUUCGUUGGGUCUUAAAUUGCUCAAGCACCAUUUAGUUUUUUGAAAUUGUUGCUGGAUUGGAUGUAAGAAAAAUAAUUAAGCAAUAACUUUAUGAAUACACUUUUUUUUGCAUAAACCUCGUAGCUUUGCAUUUGGCUUAAGCGUUUAACCUAAGCCGAAAUGCCGGCGAAGGGAUCAAUAUCAUUAUUCUUGAGAGCACGUUAAUUUACAAAUACAAGGAAAAGUAUAAUUUCGCAUUUAACAAAUUUCUGUCAUCCUCCUCACCUAUGUUAGCCUUCAUAGAUGGAUAGGUGCAAAACGCGUUCACGAAUAUCUCACCUUAAAAGCGUCUUAUACUAUUCUAAGGCUUUUAAUGUAAUUGAUCAUGAUUUACUGGUGUCAAAAUUAAAAUAUUACGGCUGUA